UUGAUGGUAAAAGUUCGGCCACGUACAAGAAACAGGUCGAUCAGGAAUGUCUUGAACAAUAUGAUCAAGCUUAUAAUUCCCCUCUGCCUUUGUACGGCUUUGUUCCACUAAGUGUUUUUGUCGCAGUUUUUGUCAGUGUUAUUUACUCACUGCUAGUAUGGAAGCGUGUCAACGAAAUAGAGUCAAGACAUGGACGACAAACUGAUGGCGAAGCCGUGAAUCGUGGACAGAACAGGAAAACGGUAUAUGUUUUUUAUUUAUAUUUUGUCCAUCUUGUUCUUCGUUGGUUAUUUGUGUUCACUUUAACUGUUUUGCAACACACAUAUUUCUAUCGAAAUGGGUUUGAUUCCAAAUUCAACUGUAAUUUCCCCCCAACGGAUCGAGUAACAUCCAGCAUAAAUACUCCAAAGAAUGGGAGUCGUAAUUUGAAUGGUUCAUUAUAUAUAGUAACAUGUAAGAAUGGAACAGCAUUAGGAAAAUGUGUAUCGGGUAUAGUUGUGUCUGUAAUAAACAGUAUUGUUGCCGCAGUUAUACUUGGGGAAGUGAUUUAUCUUUUGCCAUGUUUACCAAUCCUCAAACGUCAUUCUGGAGUUGGCUGGAGCUGUGAUUCUAAAUUUGUUAUUGAAUAUUUUCUUGGCAAGCAAUAUAAUGUACCUGGUGAAAGUGAACCUUUAACAAGCUUCGACAACAACCCUCCACAUUGUAGCACUCAGGAUUAUAGCACUACAGACUCUUUCGCUCAAGGAUGUACCACUAUGGACAAUGACAUCCAGGACUCUGGGACUGAGGACUGUAUCAACGUUUACAAGGAACAAGUUUUGAAUCGUUCUCGUGAUCCUGGCAUAAUUUAUGGACCAAACGCUAAUAUAGAUGAAUUGUAUAUUGACGUUCUUGUAUAUACUGAACGAGCUCAGCAUAAUUUUCCUAAAGAAAUGAAAAGACACGAAAUCUAUGAUGUUUAUAAGGAAGUUCCUCAAACCUCAAUACUUUUAGAAAGGAUUGAUGAAUUAUUUUAUCCAAACAGAGAUACAAAGGGAAAAUUUCCUCGUAGCAUUCUGGUGAUUGGAAGACCUGGGAUUGGUAAAACUGUCUUGACCGAAAAAAUUCUCCAUGAUUGGGCUAAUGGAAUUGAUGAAUAUUAUUCCGACAAGAUUGUCUUCUUUUUCAAAUUCAGAUGGUUCAACAAGAAUAUUAACAAAUUAACAAAUAUAUCCCUUAAGACAUUUCUUCAGUUUGGGACGGGACUGAGUGAUGAAAAUUUUGAAAGUAUUUACGAAGAAAUUGCAAAAGAGCCACAAAAAGCCAUUCUUAUUUUUGAUGGUUUAGAUGAAUAUCAUGACGACCCCAUAAGUUGCUUAGAUCAAUCUCGCAUCAUUCCAAAUGAUUGUAAUACUGGCACAUCUGCAAUUAAUUUAUUCAUUAAACUAGUUUUGGACGACUUGUUGAAAGGAGCAACGGUUGUAGUAACGAGCAGACCGACUGCAGAUGAUUUUUACUCGAGACUUGAUUUUGAUCGAAAUGUGGAGAUUAUUGGUUUCACUUCCAAUAAGAUUGAAGAAUAUGUCGGCCGAUUUUGUGACAACAAUAACACGAGUGACCUUAAAAUGAAAGUAUGGAACCAUAUAAAAUCCUCAUCAGAACUGUUAAACUUAUGUUACAUUCCAGUCAACUGCUUUAUAGUCUGUGUUACCCUCUCUGGAUGUCUUGGUGACCCAAGAAAUGAAACCAGUGCUCUUCCAACAACACUGACAGAACUUUACCAGACAGCCAUUGAUCAUUUGGAGAAACAUCAUCACAGAAAUGCAGGCAGAAACUCUACAGCACAUGAAGCGUUGAAACAACUUCAACGAUUAGCAUACCUUGGUAUGGAAAGCGGGCAACUGGUUUUUAAUCAAACAUUAUUUGAUGAAGAAAUGAGAAAAUCAGGUUUAUUGAACAGUUUAUCCAAUCCUAUUUUCCCACUACGAACACAAUUUUGUUUUAUCCAUUUAACCAUACAAGAAUUUCUUGCUGCAAGACACGUGACUGAAACAUUCGCUCCAGCCGAAAUAAAGAGGUUUAUUUCCGAUCAUAUUGAAAGUGGUCAAUGGCAUUUAGUUCUUCAGUUCAUUGCAGGACUUUUAGGCAAGAAUAUCAAGAAUUUUUAUGGGGAAUACAAGGAUUGUGUUUUCGCGUUUGCAGAACGCUUCAAAGUUGAUAAGGGUAAAAUUGAAGUUAAAUACCGUGAAGUGUUUAUAAUGAAGUGUUUAAGGGAAGCGGACGCUGAAGAGAUUACUAAAGAAGUUUGCGAAGCAACUGUUAUAAACGAUUUGGUAGAAUUAAGCAAUGAUUCAGAUUUUUAUGAUCUUUCUCCAAGUGACUGGGCAGCAGUGACUUUUGUUUGCGAACACAUGAAAAAAUUGGCAAAUUUGGUAUUGUGCGAAAUUGAUGCAGCCUCAGGUUGGCUUCUGAGAUUGCUACGAAAAAGAUGCCUAAAUAAACUAGGAAUACGUGCGGUACCACGUGACACUGAGACAGAAGAAAUAGGCCAAGAUGUCUUGGACCAAGUAUUUAGCGCAUUAAUGAAAUCAAACUGUACAUUGGACCACGAACACACUAAGCUGACUUCGUUAAUACUUGAAGAUUUUCCCAUGACCGAAACAGGUUUACCAAUCAUGUGCAAUUUUUUUGGAAAUGGGUAUGCGAGCCAACUUGAGCAGUUAACUUUAAGUUCAAAUCAUAAUUACUACAUUUAUUUACAUGAUAUUUCGAAACUUUGCGAAGUCCUGACCUAUGGACAUUGUUCAAAUCUUACACAUUUGUCUCUUGAAAAUAUUUCAAUACGUGAUGAGGGUGCAAUGAUGUUGUGUGACACUCUGACGAAAGGGCUUCGUAAACUUAACGAAUUGCAUGUCCGUUGGUGUGAGUUAACAGAUCGAUGUAUUCCUACACUAGUUAAGGCACUGCAAGAUGAACGUUGUCAACUGACUGUUCUAUCACUGGGGAACAAUGCCAUAGGUGAUGAAGGUGUAAGUAUGUUGUUUGAAGAUGCUCUGACAAACGAGCAUUGCAAGCUUGCUAACUUGAAUCUUUAUAAAUGCUCGUUAACGGAUCAAUGCAUACCCAGUUUGUGUUUGGCACUGCAAGAUGAACGUUGUCAACUGACUGUUCUAUCACUGGGGAACAAUAGAAUAGGUAAUAAAGGUGUAGGUAUGUUGUAUGAAGAUGCCCUGACAAAUGAGCAUUGUAAGCUUUUUGUGUUGAGCCUUAGAGAUUGUUCGUUAACGGAUCAAUGCAUACCCAGUUUGUGUAAGGCACUGCGAGAUGAACAUUGUAAGCUAACAGAAUUGCAGCUUUGGUUAAAUUCAUUUACUGCAAACGGCAAGAAGUUGCUUGGUGAUAUAGAAGAUUAUGAAAGUUGUAAAGCUAGGGGUUUACGAAUUUUUUUUCUUAAUUAAGAAUUAUAUGUUAUUGUAACAUUUUUGUUAAUUCACUGUGCGGCUUUAAAUUUGUAAUAUAGACGCUGUUUCAUUGAUAAUUGUAGAUUAUCUUUGCGUUUCUGGAAUGUUGCCAAUCUACACUAGCGUGAUUAAAGUCUUAAAGUCCCUCAUCAAACGAGGAUGGGCCGUUGGCAAGCGAGAGUUUGCAUGCGAGUUUUCUCAACUUUCGUGCCCCAAUUCGAACGAGAACAAAAGUUGCAUGAGAGUUGAUGAGAGUUGACUGAAUAUUACCGCGCGCGUAUCAAAAUUAAAAUUCUCAUCAAAAUUUGAACGAGCACAAAGUUGAUGAAAGUGGAUGAGAGUGGAUGAAAGUGGAUGAGAGUUGGCGAUGAAACACGAGCGAGAGUUUCAACUCUCAUCAACUCUCAUUCUUGUUUGAUGGAGGUUUACUAUAAUAGUACGAAUUAGGGACGGGCCAUUAGAAAAGUGAUGGGAGGGGGGGGGGAUUUUCUAAGAGGCAAUAUAUUUUUUUUGUAUACCUAUAGAAGAAAUUUGUUUUUCUCACUUGAUGGCUGGAAAUAUUUUUUAAGUGAAAUUUAUAGGCCAAGCAAGGAAUUUUUUUUUGCACUAUGGCUGGGAAGAUUUUUUUUCCCUAUUUUUUUUCUGGGAAUAAUUUUUUUUGGUUUUGCCCCCAUCACUUUUCUAAUGGUCCGUCCCUUAGUGUCGUGAAAACAGCUCCCGUAGGAUUUCCUUGUUAAAGUUAUUUUUCGUUUUUGAGUUGAAGACUAGACUUCAAAACUGUUGAACUGAUGAUUUCAAAAUUCAGGGGGAUUGGGAGCUCAAAAAUUUUGAACUGUAAUUUUAGUGUAUUUAUGGUUGGUCAACUUUAGUAAAGAGAAUUAAAAACAUACAAAUAGUAAUUCUAAUAUGGAAAUCAUGCAUGAGCAUGAAAGCUGUUUUGAUGACAUUUUAUACCACACUAUUUAAGCUAGCCAUAUGGUUAUUGAAGUUCGAGUCACUUCUAUACCUUUCCAUUUCGCUGUAUAUCAAAAUGUCAAACUGACUUCCAUCAUUUUUUCAUAAUUUGACAUUUAGUAAACGCAAGAAUUAAAAAAAAACACGUAUCGUACUAGGAAUCUAGGAAUACGCCUGGUACCACACUAUACAAAAGUUCAUUCAAUUAUUUUGAUGCAUAUAAUAUAAAAACAAAAUGAAUGCUAAUCCAAAGAUUGAGUGUUUUAAAACGACGACAUUUAAAAUAAUAAUUUUUCGAUCUAAAUUAUCUCGAGACUACAAUAUUAUAUACAAAUUACGUGUGCAAACUGCAGUGAUUUCAAUGACGAACAUAUUACUGAAGCGUUUUAUGACCGCGAUAAACAUUUUGUUAUUUUUGGAAAGAAAAUCAGUUGGCUAAGGUUUCUGAAAAAAUUAAUAAUAAAUAAAGACACUUAUGGUAAAUGGCAAUUCAUUCGUUGGAAAAGAUAUAUAUCUAUUCUAGUUUUAUCCAGCCCGAAAUGCUUUUUGUACGUAAAAGACAAACGGGUAUGGGUGUUUUCUGUUUACUAUUUGUAGGGCAUUUAAGUAGUAAAAUACUUCGACGUCUUACUUAAAUAAAUCAAUGCACAUUUCCUCGUCAAAUUUUUUCCAAAUCUAUGGUGAACCUCACCAACAAAAGUUACUAUUCUCCGAUCGGUUUAUAGUACCCCGGAAUACCCUUGGAUUUCUUAAGUUGCAAGUCGUACCUCAAUUUACGGGCACUCAUGUGGAUCACACGUAUACCCAGAAACUGAGUAUCUUAUAAGCAAGGGUGGGUAGUAGCGAAGUAGUUGUAGUUCGCUACUGUAGCGAACUACAAUUUUCAAGUAGCCAUGCAGUAGUUUUUGACUACUUUUUUAAAACAGUAGCUGUAGUUAUAGCCAACUACAUUUUGCCUAAAAGUAGCCAAGUAGUUGACUACUUUUCAAACAGCGAAUCGCUAUUCGCUACUUUUUAAAAUUGUUAGCAAUAGCAUGAUAUUGAGACACGGUUUGCUUAAAACUAUCAAUACUCAAUAGUCAAUUUGCUGACUCCUGAACACUGAGUAGUGCUCACAAAAAUGUUGCUUUGUGUUUACUGUUGUUUUGUGUUUACUGUUGCUACUCGUAAGUCGUUUUGUUAUAGCAUAUAUAGGUCACAUUACAGCCUGAGUUUAAUAGUAGAUGCAGUAAAACUAAAAAAUAUAGCGUAGCGAAAUAGCGAAAUAAUUCGCUGCAUUUUUAAGCAGUAGCUGUAGUCAGUAGCGAACUACCUUUGUUCAAAAGUAGCAGUAGUUGUAGCUGACUACAUAUUUUUGAAGUAGCUGUAGUUAUAGCGAACUACAAAAUUUUUGUAGUCAACCCACCCUUGCUUAUAUAAGCUACGUUUACACUUGUAGCCGGGAAUGGAUAGCUUUCCGUAACGACGUGAAAGAACACCUAUCCGUACCUUUUAGGAACGCUAUUUUCAGAGAUUUAUUGCAACGGAGAGAUCAUAGAUGUUGUUUCGCUCAGCUUCUGAAAGUUGUACAUUUUAGUUGUACAGUUGCAAUUUUUCCUGCGAUUUUAUGUGCGAUUUUCUUCUUCUGAUGGAUGUGAAAGAGUGGAUGAGUUAUGAAUGUUGAGAUGAGGGUACAUCGGUGGGACACAUACUCAGAACAUUCAUAACGCAUCUACUCGUUCACAUCCAUCAGAAGAAGAAAAUCGCAGCGAAAAUUGCAACUGGUCUUUAGGAAAUUAAGCGCCCUAAAUGUAGACCAUGGUUUACCGCUGGGAAACGGGUAGAAAUUACUGGUAAACAUGCUGAUAUCAGCAAAAUUUGGUAAAUAAAAUGGCGAUACUUGUAAACUUGAACCGGGGUAUCUUAAUUUCUUUAUUUCCUCUCUAUAUGCACCACGUUUUACGAUACUGAAAAGUUAAAGAAAGCCAAGGUGCAUAUAUAAGGUGGUGGCAAGUCCGGCAUCUCUUUCCACUUUGUCUGCGCAGUUGGUUGUUCAUUUCCUCGAGCUAAUGAUCCUUAUAGUUUACGUAAUGUGGAUUUUUCAGUGAUCAAGUUCAUCAACAAUUUCAUUGGCUCUAGUAUAUCAGGUUUGUUCGUGUGGCUGGCCGGAAAAUUGAAGCUGUAUAAAGUCCUGGCACGGUUAAUAGAGACUUUACGAUGUAUAGGAGGUCAACGCGACGACAACGGCCAGAAUAAAGUCAUUCAAAUAAACGAUUGUAAAGAAAGUUUGUAGACUAUUAUUGAUCGUAUCAAUUUAACACUGUUUGGUUAGCUUGAAAUAGUGGCUUUAUUGUUGAGAAAGUUGUACUGCAGUACUGUACUGAGCUAAUUUGCCGAUCGAGGCAAAGCCGUCAAGGCAAUAUAUAGGCAUCUAAAAAACCUUCUACUUCGGUGCCGUGUGUGUUGUUUGUAAAGAAAGAAAAGUACUUUUUCAGUAACAGGCAAAUAAAAUUUAGUAUAGUGUGUGCUUUCGCACGCAUCCCUUACAUACAAAAUUUAUAAGUAAUACAAAGACCGCGCAAAGCCUGCCAAAUCACGUUGAAAGAAUGCAUUCUAAUGUGGUAUUUUUAUAUAAAAUUUACAAUUUUAAUACUAAACAACGCUAGCUGCUGGCCGUACACUAUAGAAACUAAAAAUCAACCUUGGCUAAACAUCAACCUUGGCUACGAAUGAGGCGGCAUGAUGGGUAUGUACUAGUAUGUAAGGGUAGGUAAAAGUAUGUAAGGGAAUGUGUGAGGGUAUGUAAUGUACAGGCAUAUAAUUAUGCCUAUAUAUAGUGCUAUAAUUAAGACGCAAACGACAAUUAAGACGCAAACGAAACAGGGCUCUAAAAACGUUUUACUUCGUGUGAUAGUCAAAUGAACAAUGACAAAUCUCUUUUUAUUUUUGGGCUUUUAAGGUACAAGUCAUAUCAGUAUUUCUCAGAUAUAUCUUUGAAAAAUCCCCUUUGAAAAAUAGUAUCAGUUCCAAGUUUCGGUUCCUGUGUUGUUGUAUCUUUGUAUUGAGACACAGGUCAGUAGGUUACAUUUAUAAACUCACUCAUUUCAAAGUCUGUUUCGCUACGAAAUCAUGUAAAAUUCCAUUCCGCUUAAUGCGUCAAGUUGUGAGGAACUUUUUCGCCUUCCAGCCUUCAAUGCACGCACUAACUACUAAAUAUGGUUUUAAUGACAAACCGCCAUGACACAUAGGUAACAGAACACCACAUCUGUGUCUGUGACAUGUCAACAGCAAAAAAUAUAUACUUCAGAUAUUUAGAGUUUGGACAUCUGGUAAAUACAAAUUAUUUUGGCUUUUUUGCCAUUAAUUUCAAUUACAAAAUGUCACAAAUUUCAUUUUGGCAUUGCAAUUUGGUGUAUGCCGUAUAUAUCACUUCCACGGAUACGACAUGUUUUAAAAUAUUAUUUAUCAGGUUGCUUAAGCACAGACAAUGUUGACAAUUUAUUUAGAGAUCAAGUUUCUUAUAUUACAGCAAAGUCGCGAACUAUGAUCAAACACUAUGGAUCAAACUAAACGCCUUUAGCUUUUCUAAGCAAGCUUUGAUAUGAAUUUAUAAGAUGAUAGACGCUGUUAAGGAUUAUUUAGCAGCGAAAAGAUUUGGUACUACUGCCUACCUAUGUGUAAUUGUUCAUUUCCUUUGUGGAUUGGUAUUUACUGCUGUUACCGCAGCUUUGAGGGCAAGCGAGAACGGGAAAUUUUCUUGCUCUGUUGAUGCUAAAAGUACGGCCACGUACAAGAAACAGGUCGACCAGGUAUGUUUUGCGAGAUAUGAUCAGGCGUAUAACUCCCCUCUGCCUUUAUACGGCUUUGUUUUACUGAGUAUUGUAUUCUCAGUUCUUGUCAGUGUUAUUUAUUCACUGCUAGUAUGGAAGCGUAUCGACGAAAUAGAGUCAAGUCAUGAACGACAAACUGAUGGCGAAGCCAAGCACCCGGUCCAUGGGCGGAACAGGAUUUAUGUAUUUUAUCGCUACUUUAUCCACCUCGUUGUGCGUUCGUUAUUUGGGAUCAUUUUUACUGUUGCGCAACACACAUAUUUCUAUCCCAAUGGUUUCGAUUCGAAAUUCAAGUGUAAUUUACCACCAGCGGAAGUAACAUCCAACAUCAAUACACCAAAGAAUGCGAGUCGUAAUUUGAACAGUACAUCGGUAAAUUGUGAGAAUGCGACAGCGUCAGAGAAAUGGUUAUGGGGCAUAAUUGUGUCUGUAAUAAACAUUAUUGUUGCCUUUAUUAUAUUUGUGGAAGUGAUCUAUCUUUUGCCACGUUUACCUAUGUUCAAAAGUUGUUCUGGAGUUGGCUGGAGCGGUGAUUCUGAAUUUAUUAUUGAGUAUCUUCUUGGCAAGCCAUACAAUGUAUCUGGUGAAAAUGAGCCCUUAACAAGCAUCGAAAACAACCCUCCACACUGUAGCACUCAAGAUUAUAGCACUCCGGACUCUGUCGCUCAAGCGUGUGGUGCUGUGAAAGAUACCAUUCCGGACUCUAGGAAUCAGGACACUCCCGACUUUAUCGCUCAAGAAUGUACUACUAUGGACAAUGACAUCCAGGACUCUGGGACUGAGGACUGUACCGACGUUUACAAGGAACAAGUUUUGAAUCGCUCUCGUGAUCCUGGCAUUAUUUAUGGACCAAACGCUGAUAUAGAUGAUUUGUAUGUUGACGUUGUUAUCCAUACUGGACGAGCUCAGCAUAAGUUUCUUAAAGAAAUGAACAGACACGAAAUCUACGACGUUUAUAUGAAAGUUCCUGAAACCUCAAUACGUUUAGAAAAGAUUGGAGAUUUAUUUUACCCAAACAGAGAUACAAAGGGAGAAUUUCCUCGUAGCAUUUUGGUGAUCGGAAGACCUGGGAUUGGAAAAACUGUCUUGACCGAAAAAAUUCUCCGUGACUGGGCUAAUGGAGUUGAUGAAUAUUAUUCCGACAAGAUUGUCUUCUUUUUCAAAUUCAGAUGGUUCAACGAGAAUAUUAACAAAUUAACAAAUAUAUCCCUUAAGACAUUUCUUCGGUUUGGGACGGGACUGAGUGAAGAAAAGUUCGAAGGUAUUUACGAAGAAAUUGCAAAAGAGCCACACAAAGCCGUUCUUAUUUUUGAUGGUUUAGAUGAAUAUCACGGCGACCCCAUAAGUUACUUAGACCAACCUCGCAUCAUUCCAAACGAUCUUGAUACUGGCACGUCACCAAUGAAUUUAUUCAUUAAAUUAGUUUUGGGCGACUUGUUGAAAGGAGCAACAGUUGUAGUAACGAGCAGACCGACUGCAGAUGAUUUCUACUCGAGAAUUAAUUUUGAUAGAAAGGUGGAGAUUAUUGGUUUUACUUUCGAUAAAAUUGAAGAGUAUGUCAGGCGAUUUUGUGACAAUAAUAACACGAGUGACCUUACAACGAAGAUAUGGAACCACAUAAAAUCUUCAUCAGAACUGUUAAACUUAUGUUACAUUCCAGUCAACUGCUUUAUAGUGUGUGUUACACUCUCUGGGUGUCUUAGUGACCCAAAAAAUAAAACUAGUGCUCUUCCAACAACACUGACAGAACUUUACCAGACAGCCAUUGAUCAUUUUGAGAAACAUCAUCACAGAAAUGCCGACAGAAACUCUACGGCACAUGAAGCGUUGAAGCAACUUGAACGAUUAGCAUUCCUUGGUAUGGAAAGCGGGCAACUGGUUUUUGAUCAAACAUUAUUUGAUAAAGAAAUGAAAAAAUCAGGUUUAUUGAACAGUCUGUCCAAUCCUAUUUUCCUACUACGAACACAAUUUUGUUUUAUACAUUUAACCAUACAAGAAUUUCUUGCCGCAAGACAUGUGACUGAAACAUUCGUUCCACCCGAAAUAAAGAAGUUUAUUUUUGACCAUGUUGAAUGUGGUAAAUGGCAUUUAGUUCUUCAGUUCAUUGCAGGACUUUUGGCCAAGAAAGUCAAGAAUUUUAACAGGGAAUACAAGGAUUGUGUUUUUGCGUUUGCAGAAAGCUUGGAAGUUACUAAUGGUAAAAUUGAAGUUAGAUACCAUGAAGUGUUUAUAACGAGGUGUUUAAGGGAAGCGGACGAUGAAGAGAUUAAUGAAGAAGUUUGCGAAGCAACUGUUAUAAACGAUUUGGUAGAACUAUGCAAUGAUAUAUCUUAUGAUUUUUCUCCAAGUGACUGGGCAGCAGUGACUUUCGUUUGCAAACACAUGAAAAAAUUGGCAAAUUUGGUAUUGUGGGAUAUUGACGCAGGCGUAGGUGCCAUUCUGGGAUUGCUACGAAAAAGAUGCCUAUAUAAACUAGAAAUGUGUGGCAGCGAAACAUAUGUGUUAUACCAAUUAUUUAGCGCAUUAAUGAAAUCAAACUGUAGAUUGAACCACGAACACACUAAGCUGAAUUCGUUAAUACUUAAAUAUAUUCAAUGUGGUCGCCCAGCACAGUUUAUAUAUAGUACAGGUUUUCCAAUCAUGUGCAAUUUUUUUGAAAAUGGGUAUGCGAGCCAACUUGAGCAGUUAACUCUAAAUCUUACUGGAAUUAAUUCACAUGAUUUUUUGAAACUUUGUAAAGUCUUUAACAAUGGACAUUGCUCAAAUCUUACACAUUUGGAUCUUGGACGUAAUUCAAUACGUGACAAGGCUGCAAUGGUGUUGUGUGAUGCCCUGACGAAAGGGCUUCGUAAACUUAAUUCAUUGGAUGUUUUAACGUGUGAGUUAUCAGAUCGAUGUAUUCCUACGCUAGUUAAGGCACUGCAAGAUGAACGGUGUCAACUAACGGUUUUAUCAUUGAGCAACAAUUACAUAGGUAAUAAAGGUGCAUGUAUGUUGUUUGAAGAUGCCCUGACAAAAGAGCAUUGUAAGCUUACUAAGUUGAAUCUUAGACAGUGUUCGUUAACGGAUCAAUGCAUACCCAGUUUGUGUCAGGCACUGAAAGAUGGUCAGUGUGUGUUAACAACAUUAUCGCUUCAAAUGAAUUUUACUGAAAAGGGCAGCAAGUUGCUUCGUGAUAUAGAGGAUUAUGAAAGUU